AGACGAGGUUUGUCUCAGAGUCUCUCCUAAAUGAAGAAGAGAAGGUUGGAUUCAACGAACGCAUUUAAAUUACACCGUCUUCAGGUCUCACUUUCAGAAGAAACCCAGAAGGCCACACACACGCCAGCCCAGCCAAAAAUGAUGGCUGACUUUCAGGACAAUGGUGACGAAAGCAGCUAUGAGGUCCCCGGGAUGGUGAGGCCCCUGUCUACUGAGGACGCAUUCCGUGAGUCGUCGCUGUAUUCCAGGGGUACCAGAGAUGACCUGCCAUUGAGCCCUGGCGACAUGGAUGGGGCCUUUGAAAGUGACUGUGAAAGCAGAGGACACCGGUCGUACUACAGCAGACACACGGAGGAGAAGAGGACGGGCUAUGACGGUUUUGGUUCUACGGACAAAGGUCUUCUGCUGAAAACUCUCUUUGAUGCCGAAUCUGCUGCCAAUUCAGCUGCCAUUCAGUUGGUGUCUUUUAAGGACAUCUUGGAUGAAGACUUUGCGGACUCAAGGUGCUCCAGUGACAUGCGCCUGUCCAGACAGAAAGGUCUUUUAUUGGAUAAGCUGGAGGUCUUCAAGCGCAUCAACAAGUCUGUCCGCCAGCAGCUGAAAGAGCUGCAGGAACAGGAGGCAUGUCGGCUCGAGACAGACAGACAAAUUGAUUUAUUACUAAAGAGGCUAACACAGACGGAGAGUGAAAAUCAGCGAUUGAAAUCCAGUCUGAGUGAAAAAGAGAGAAGGGUUGAUGAACUCAUGUCUUUGCGGAAAAAAGAAAUGGAGAACACUGAAUCUGUGGUGCAGCAGUCGAGAUCGGUGGAAUCCACUCGUGCACACCUGCAAAACCAGCUUCGCAACAAGGAGGCAGACAACAACCGCUUGACCGUCCAGCUCAGGGGUCUGGAGAAGACUCUCACAGAGCAGAAGCUGGAGAUUGACGACCUUAGGAGUCAGAUUGGUACCAUGUCAGAAAAGGCAUCGCAGGAGAAGGAUGCCUUGAAGAAGGCCACCCGAGCCCAGAAACAGAGGGCAGAGAGGUUCGAGGUGGCGGUAGAAAAAUGCUACGAUCACCUAAGAGACCGGGACGUGAAGCUGGCAGAGACGCGUGCAGAGAGAGACAUGUGGAAGACCCAGCAGGAGCAGGUUAAAGAGGAGAAGGUGCACCUGGACACGGAGAUCGCCAUUCUUAAAGAACAAAUUGCUGCCCUCACUGCCGAGCUGACCAAGGAGAAGGACUUGGCAAGUGCUGCCAAUGACGUUCUGGUGAAGAAAGUUGAGAAACUGAAUACUGAAAAUGGAGAGCUCGGCCUCGAGAAUGCCACACUAAAGGCCUGUAUUGCAGAGCUUGAUCACAAGUUGGACCACUCUCGCACUGUGUACCAGGACCAAAAUGAACGGUCCGAAGAGCAAAAAUGUCAGCUAGACCAAUACCAAAUCCAGAUAGCAGAGUUGCAAACUGAGGUCAAUGACCUGAAAUUAAAGCUCGAAGAUGUCCUGAAGGAAAAAGAGAACAUGAUUGGGGGAAGAGCUGCUGAGGUUGCCAAGGCACGGGAGCACCUGGAGGGCCGCGUGCUGGAGCUGGAGAUCUGCCCCGAGCUGCUGAGCACCACGGCACUCCAGCUGCAGGACAGCCAGGACAACCUGCGGCGCUCUGAGAGGAAGUGCGUGGAGAAGGCCGAGGCCCUCCGCCAGCAGCAGCUGAAGGCUGACCAACAGCAGCAGAAACUGAGGUCCUCUGUCGAGAUGAAGGAUUCAAUUAAUGAGGCAAACAGUCAGCUACAGGAGAAAGUGGAGUUGCUUCAGAAGCGUAUGGAGGAGGCCCAUGCAGAGAACAGGGAGCUGGUGCACCGGCUGGCAGCCCAGGAGGAGGCCCUGCACUACAGCGGCCGGCAGCUGGACCAGCGCUCCGCAGAGGGCCAGGCACUCAGCCGCCAGCUGGAGACCGCACUCACCGACGUCAAGAUGCAGGUGUCCAAAGUUAAAGAGAAGACCUCAGCCAGAGAAGUGUCUCUGCAGGCCAGGAUUCAGGAGCUGGAGGCAGAGAGAAGCAGGAAGGAGCAGGAGCUGAAGCAACUCAAGCAAAGCAAGAUAUCGAGCGAGAAGCAGUUUGAGCAGCGUCUCAAAGACCUGCAGCUCAGCCUGGACCAGUCCGAGAGCCACAAGCAAAGCAUUCAGAACUACGUGGACUUCCUCAAGAGCUCCUAUUCCACCAUGUUUGAUGAGGGCUUGACACCAAGCUUUGGGUCAUCCUAUUUUUUAAAGUAAUGAUUCUAUGUCUGUAGUCUGUAUUUUGCACAGUAUAUGAGCCACUUCAGAAAUAAGACUGAAAUGUUUCGUGACCUUUUGCAAAAGUAUGAGUCAUGGCAAUUUACUAUUGUGGAACAAAAUGGUGUGUGUGUGUGUGUGUGUGUGUGUGUGUGUGUGUGUGUGUGUGUGUGUGUGUGUGUGUGUGUGUGUGUGUGUGUGUGUGUGUGUGUGUGUGUGUGUGUGUGUGUGUGUGUGUGUGUGUGUGUGGUGCUUUUGCUUUAGAAGUGACUGAAAUAUUUCAAAAGCUUUGUGAAGUAUGUGGCAUGGCAAAGUAGUAAGUGGGCGAAAAGUGUGUGCAUGCAUGUGCAUGUACGUGUACAUCAAAUCAUGAAAUGCCCCAACAUUGCUCUCUGCUUUUGCAGUAUUGUUUCUUUGUAUUAAUAUAACUUCCUUGUAAAAUCUUCACAAAUUUGAUCAAUGUUAAAGGGAGGCACAAUAGGCUUAAAUGGGCGUUUUUAACGAAAUCAGCGGAAAGUGUGUUUUUAGACUCUUUUGAUCAAAACUAUUUAUGAGAAUCAUUUGGCAGAAUUCUGCAGUUGCCUUUCCACUUUCCCAGAUUUGAAAUCACUAGUGCAGGUUUGGAGCCUUCCUUUAGCACGGUUUUAGCCUAUGUGUCAAUACUUUAGCCAUGUUCCAACACCAAUAUAGCCAUCCUUUAGCCCAUAUUUUGGGUGCUUGAUGUUCUGGGGAAGUCGAAAGGCAACAGUAGCAUUCUUCCAAAUUACUUUCCUUACUAGAUUUGAUCAAAUCAGCCUCAAAACAAACUUUGCACUUAUUUAGCUAAAAAUGCCCAUUUACUACAAUUCAAAAUUCCAAACCUAUUGUGCCACCCUUUCACAUGAAUCAAAUUUGUAAGAAAUUUCCUAGAAAAUUUUUGUAGUGCAAAGGAACAAUACCGCGAGAACAGAGUAAGAUUUUGCAAAGUUUAAAUUUUCAAGGUUCGUCUCACGCACUCUAAUGUACGUGUACGCACAUACAUGACACUACUACUGCUCUAGAGACGGGAGUGAAAGGUUUCAAAAGCUUUUGCAAAAGUAUUUUUUUGCAAAGUACUCUCAUGGAUGAAAGUGUGUGUGUGUGCGUGCGUGCAUGUGAACUUUAUGCGUGUGUGUAUGUGCACUCGCCACUCUUGCUUUAGAAAUGAGACUGUGUGUGUGUGUGUGUGUGCGCGCGCAUGUGCGUGCGUGCACGUGCGUGCGUGCGUGAGUGUGUUCAUGUUUUAAUGUUUGCCACUAUUUGUCCUUGUCACUGUGACCUAUAUCAGAUAUCAGAUACAUGGUGCUAUUUUGCAUAAGCGUUACCUGUGACAAAUUGCUGUGGUGUGUAUUAUUUAAUAAUAUAGAAAGAAAUAUUUAUUUAUUGAGAAGGAUUUUUAAAUUAUAAAAUACA